AACAUUAUUUAAAUUUGCAUUAGAAUUUUUUUCAAAAAAAAAAAAAAUUGCAGUAGAAAAGGAAAAAUCCAUAGAAUAAAUAGAGUGACCCCAAUAAAUAUAUAAGAUUGUUUACAAUUACAUCCAUUCUCUCCCGGCUUAAGAUUUUGAUCCCCUACUGAUUCCAAACCCUAGAAACAGCCCUUUCCAUCUGUGAUCAUGGAUGUCACUGCAAUUUCCGGUGAGCCCAGGAUCUACCAGCUGAUGGUCAUGCUUCUGCAGAGGAAAACCCUAAUUUUGAGGUACACAACCCCACAAGUUUACGCUAACGAUGUCAAGCACCGCCUCCAGGAAAUCACCAAAAUACCCUCGCAUCUCCAGCGGUUGAUCACCGGAUCGCGCCAUCUCGACGAUGAUUCCGUGCUUUCGUGUGCCGACGAGGAUCUGAGCUUUCCGACGGUGCAUCUGACUCUUCGUCUUCGCGGCGGGAAGGGAGGGUUUGGUUCGCUGCUUCGAGGCGCGGGGACAAGAAACUUGAAGAAGACGAACAACUUCGACGCGUGUCGCGAUAUGAGUGGGAGAAGGCUGAGACACGUGAACGCAGAGAAGAGGCUGGAGGAGUGGAAAGCUACGGAGGAGGAGAGGAAGCUGGAGAAGAAGGCCCAUGACUUUCUAAAGAAAGUUGCGAAGAAAGGAAAGAAGGGCGCUGGGGAUGGUGCGGCCGAGAAGUAUGUCGCUAAGUAUAGGGAAGAGUCCGAACGCUGUGUGUCUGAGGUUUUAGAUUCAGUUAGAGAGGCCGUGAAGGGAAAGCGUGAAGAGGGUUUGAAAGGGAAGCGUAAAGGGGCCUUUAAGGGCGAUGCUGCUGACGCUAAGCGAUUGAAAAUAUGGAUGGGAAAGCGCCAAAUGGGUGUAAGUGAUAGUGAUGAUUCAGAUGAAGAUGAUGAGAGUGACGUAGGAAAGGAGAGUGAGAAAUCCACUGUUUUGAAUAAUGGGAAUCAUUCUGAUUCUAGUAAGGAUGGCGAUGAUAGUUCUGGCUCUGUAACUGGUGUGAAACAAGUUGGAGAAUUUUCUGGAGGGAGCUCAUCCGAGAGUGGCCCGGAGGAAGAAGAAAAGGCUAGUAAUAUGCAGGAAACGAAAGAAUCUAGUAAAACCCCAAUUGUAAAUUCUAUUCCUUGUGAGGGAAAUGAUGUGUAUGAAACAACUAGUCAGAAAGAGAAGAUGGAUCAGACUUUGACUGUAUCUUGUUCCGAAUUCCCUGAUAAUUCUGAAACUGAAGCUGUACAAGAUGAAAAGGAUCCUGUGGUGGACAAUGUUCCCACAUCAAGCUGUGGGAAUGUUGUUGAAACCUUACUAUCGACUUCUGAAUCCCGUCCAAUUGAAUCCGAUCCAGGAGUUCAAGUUGAGGCAAGUUCAAGUGGAAAUGCUGGAAUUACAGAAACUCCCCUGGACUUUGAUCAAAUCAAUUCGGCUGCUGAACUAGAGGCUCUUGGCUUGGAAAGAUUAAAGACUGAACUCCAAACUCGUGGAUUAAAAUGUGGAGGCACUCUCCAGGAGCGAGCAGCUAGGCUUUUCCUGCUAAAGUCUACCCCUUUAGAGAAGCUUCCCAAAAAGUUGCUUGCCAAAAAAUGAGUGUUUGUUGUUGUCUUUGUGGCCAACCAAUUUUCCUUCGAAAUGUGACUGGAAAUUUGAAGUGUAUAUGUAGAACUGGCCUAGUUCUGACUCUAGAUCACCUCUAUAUUAUAUUGCAGAUGGAUUAAUAUUUUAAUACUUCAGUCAGAUGUAAUUUUCAACAGUGUUAUGUAACUGAUCUAAGCAUGUUAUAAUUACACUAUCCUCUUCUAUUUUCUGUAUCAAUUUUUUUUAGACAAAUAUAUACAUAUGCGUGUAAUGUAACGCUUAUAGUAAGUUCCCAUUUCUUUAGAGUGCAA